AUGCGGGCAGCUUCAAGCGGAGACUCUUCUAACGAACUCCUUUCUGAAGUAAGAUGGCUUCAGUGGUGUGUCGACGGAGACGAUCCGCCUCUUCCGAUGACCGAUUUGCAUCUACCGAACUUAUCGGUGCUGGAAUUAUCAGAGAGCGUGAUGACAGAGGAUCGAGAAGGAUGGAGUUUGAUCAAGAUGGCAAAGCGGCUACAAGUUCUCGACCUUGGAUGGUGCUGGGGUUUAAGAUGUACUCCUGAUCUCUCGGCUGUCACGCAGUUGAAGGUUCUCCACUUGUACCAUUGUGCCGGACUGGAGCAUCUCCACCCUUCUGUUGGCAAACUCAAGAGCCUCGUUUCCUUGGACUUGAGCUUAUGUUAUAGUCUCAAGGAGCUACCAGAGGAAGUGGGCGAAUUAAAAGAUUUAGAAGAACUUCUAUUAGAUAAUUCUCGUAUUACAGAGAUCCCUAUGUCCAUUGGUUCUCUGAGGAAGCUGAAGAAACUGAGUGCCCGCUUUUGUGAGUCACUGAGAGAAAUCCCUAGCUCAAUUGGGGAUCUACAGAAUUUGCAACAUCUUGACUUAUGUGGCUGCGAAAGUCUCAAGGAGCUACCAGAGGAAGUGGGCGAAUUAAAAGAUUUAGAAGUACUUGUAUUAGAUAGUAGUGGUAUUACAAAGAUCCCUACGUCUAUUGGUUCUCUGAGGAAGCUAGAGACACUGACAGCUAGCAAUUGUGAGUCACUGAGAGAAAUCCCUAAUUUACAUAAUUUGCAACAUCUUGACUUAUGUGGCUGCGAAAGUCUCAAGGAGCUACCAGAGGAAGUGGGUGAAUUAAAAGAUUUAGAACUUCUAUUAGAUGCUACUGGUAUUACAGAGAUCCCUACGUCUAUUGGUUCUCUGAGCAAGCUGAAGAAACUAAGUGCCUACAGUUGUGAUCUCAAGGAGCUACCAGAGGAAGUGGGCGAAUUAAAAGAUUUAGAAGUACUUGUCUUAGAUAGUAGUGGUAUUACAAAGAUCCCUACGUCUAUUGGUUCUCUGAGGAAGCUAGAGACACUGACAGCCAGCAAUUGUGAGUCACUGAGAGAAAUCCCUAGCUCAAUUGGGGGUCUACAAAAUUUGCAACAUCUGGACUUGGGUCGGUGUAGUAGUCUCAAGAAGCUACCAGAGGAAGUGGGCGAAUUAAAAGAUUUAGAAGAACUUCUAUUAGAUGAAUCUGGUAUUACAGAGAUCCCUACGUCUAUUGGUUGUCUAUUGAAUUUGCAACACCUGAACUUGAGUCCUUCUGGGCUUGAAAGGCUUCCCAAUGCUAUUAGUGAUCUUUCUUCUCUCCAGCGCCUUGACCUACUGUGCUACGAAAUUCAGGGCAGUGAAAAUUUGAAGUUCUUGGAGGGCAUAUUUAUAUAUGACUGCAAUUCGAUUGAAAGGCUUCUUUGUCCAAAAUCAGGGUGUUUGAAGGAAUUGCGGGUCAUCGCGUGCAACAAUCUAGUCGAAAUUCGAGGUCUUGACAGUGCGAAGUUCUUAGAAAAGCCGGAUUUUAGAGGAUGCGAAUCAAUGGAGACUUUGCCAAAUUUGACGAGAUGUGAGAAGUUACGAUCUCUAAAUGUUCGAGAUUGCAAGAAACUUACUCAGCUUUGGGGACUUGAAAAGUUGAAUUUAAUUUAUUUGAAUAUUUCUGGUUGCGACUCAUUGGAAGCGAUACCGAAAAUAUCUGGUAUUUAG